CGAAUGAAAGAAGAACUGGAAGGCGCAUGUAGGUCCACUCGUCCACGCCUACAACUGUACCCGCCAUGAGUCAACAUCUGUUGCUCCCUUCUUCUUGAUGUUUGGAAGACAUCCAAGACUACCAGUUGACCUUGUUUUUGGAUUGGACAUGGAAAUUCAGGAAAGCAAGUCCAUAACAGAGUACACCAAAUCCUUGAAGGACCGUUUGAAGCAAGCCUAUGACAUAGCUUCAACAGCAUCUCAGAAAUCUCAGGCCAAGCAGAAGACUUAUUAUGACCAGAGGGCCAGAGCUGCAAUGUUGGAACCAGGCGAUAUAGUCCUUGUAAAGAUUGUGGCCUUUGAUGGAAGACAUAAAUUAGCUGACAGAUGGGAGGAAGAUGUAUAUGUUGUGCUGCGCCAUCCCAAUCCAUCGAUACCUGUCUUUGAGGUUGGAAAGGAGAAUGGAGAGGGAAGGAAAGGAGUGCUACAUCGUAACCUCUUGUUGCCAGUUAGUUCUUUGCCAGUCCAAAUGCAACCAGCCAUUAAAGCCAGACGACGACAAGUACCAAUACCUGUGCCUAAGCCGAGGAAGAACACGGCUGUCGAAACGAGUGAAGAUCUGUCUGAUGAGGAAUCAGCAAUUGGCUAUACCCGUUCUUCAGAACCUUCAGUUCCUACUGAGAUCACAGUGGAAAGGCCAACUGAAGGAGAGUCAGAAGAAGCUUUAGAAGGAGUUAAGACUCCUACUGAAGAAGGGAGGGAAGAAGAAGAGCCAACUGAUAAUACUGUUCACCAGAACGAGCAAGAUGAAGACAGAUCUGAGACUGGGGCCACAGGUAGUGAGGAUGACAGAGAAGAACAACCCAAUUUGCAGCCAGAAGAUGCUUCUCAGCCACGGCGGUCAACCAGAACCAGGUCACAGCCCAGCUGGAUGAGAAGUGGAGAAUAUGUUCUUUCUGCCAUAAGUGAUCCUGGAAAUCCAGAAUGGCUUGCCAGAGCCAACUAUCUCAAUUCUCUGCUAGCUGAUGAUAGAUUCCGGGAUCAGCGACACCGAGUGGCUGAUACUCUUCUCGAUCUUGUUAGCGGCAAGGUCAAAUGAUGAGACAUCAUUUUCCUGUGGGGGGAAGUAUGUGGCAGACACAAGUAUUAACAUACAGUUUUGUUGUAUAUAUGUUUUAUCUAUUUGAGGUCCUUAAGGUUUGUAAUAUUAUUUUAAGUUGUUAGGAAAGUAGGUUCUUAAUUCAAUAUCUAUUAUGGGCUUCUGGAUUAGUUUACUUAUAAUGUAGAGGGUGGUUGGGUUGGUCUAUGUUUGUGUCAUUGUUUCUUCUCUUUGUUCUAACCCAAGCCUUGUUUUCAUUGGCUUGUUCAAACUGUGCACUUUUCAUCCAUCUUGCACUUGACAAUACACCAAUUCAGAAGUCAGUCAACAAUUUGGACUUGGACAGAUCUGGGAUAAAUAAUUCGAUUAUUAAGGUUAGUAAUCUAUAAAAUUGCUAGCUA